AAAAAAACAGAUGUAAUUUUAUAUUGUUAGGGAAAAACAUUGUUUUCUACUUUUAUUUAACUGAUUUUUUCAUUUUUAAAAAGUGAAUAUGGAAAGUCGCUUGGAGCACAGGAUGAGUAGGAGGCAUGGGCAAAUGAGGGACAUAGCGCCGGUCACUUUAGGAAAAUGGCUGAUUAGUGAGAGAAGCACCGACCCUAUCAAGACUCCUAAAUUUAUAAUGAUAAUGUCUGCUCUUGAGACUGCAAUACGAUCAAUCUCCCAGCUUGCCGCCAGAGCACGGAUAAACAGAAUUGACCAGAGAGUGGAUGAUGAAACUUCAUUUCCAAUAACAAAACAGGAAACCCUUGCACAUGACAUUGUAUUAAGGUGCUUAAAAGCAAGUGGACUUGUAAGCAUUGCAAUCAGUACAGUCUCACCUACUCCAAUCUUGAUUGAUGAUGAAGCAAGAGAGCUAGAGAGUUAUGUUGUUUGCUACAACCCUUUAGAUGGAGCAAAUCAUCUCAGUGCUUCUGCUAUUACUGGAAUGAUAUUCUCAAUUUAUAAGAAAGGUGAAUCAAGAGAUUUAAAUGACAUAAAAUGUGGAAAUGAGAUGAUAGCCGGUGGUUUUGCUGUAUUUGCUACGUGUAAUAUCUUGAUGCUGUCAAUUGGCAAAAAGGGUGUUCAAGAGUUUCUGUUUGAUCCAGUCCUAGGAGAAUUUAUAGCUAAAAAUUUGAAUGUAACUAUCCCUGUAAAGGGACAUUUCUACUGUAUAGAUGAAGCGAAGUCAAAUCUGUGGAAUCAAGCUACCUUUGAAUACAUCAAUAGGAAAAAAAAUCCGAAAUUAGGUAAGGUGAAGAAGCUUCGGUUUGUGGGCAGUUUGUGUGCAGAUACUUAUAGAACUCUCAAGGAGGGAGGAAUUCUUCUGUAUCCUGAGACUUCUUUGCGACCUUUGGGCCAGGUAAGACUGUUGUGCGAGGGUAAUGCCUUGUCCUAUCUCGUCCGUGUUGCUGGAGGAUUGGCUUCCACGGGGAGAAUCUCGCCUCUAGAUGUCUUACCCAGGCCGAUUCACCGGACAUGUCCACUAUACCUUGGCUCAAGAGAGGACGUGAUAGAACUUCUUGAAAUCUUCACAAUCCGCAAAGCGACAAGCUGAAAUAAACGCAUUAAAGAGAAGAUUUGAAAAAUUUGAUUUAUAAUAUAAACUAUAAUCUUAUUUUUAUAAAAAAACAAAUGUUUAAGUCA